ACUUUUAUAAUUAUAACAAUGAAAUGAGAAACAACACCAUCGGGAAGAUGUGUUAUUGAAAAACAAAUACAAUAAUCAUAAAAUCAAAAUGAAAAUAACAAAACUGAAACAAUGAGCAAAAUAUAUGGAGAUAAACAUCAUACAACAGUAAGACAAUAUGGUAAAAUAAUUUGAGAAUAUGGAAAUGCAACAACAGAUGAAUCAGAUCGAAUUGAUUCAUCAUCGAAUGAUACUAAUGAUCAACCAAUUAUUGGCAAGAAGAGACGAAAGAAAAUAUUAUUCAAGUUUGUUUUUUUUUUUAUUUUGAAAGUAAAAACAUCUAGUUGUCUCGCUGCUUUGUUACUUAAUAUAUUUUAUUUUUUUCACUUUGUCAAAACUGAGUGUCUUUUCCAAUUGAAAAUAAACUUGUCCACAACAACGACAGAAAAAAAAAGAUGUCAAUUCAGAUCAGACGAGCAUUCGAUAGCUUAUAAACAACUAGACAAAAACUAUUUUUUCUCUAAACUUCAUUUACGAUUCACUCACACAUAAGAAUAUCGAUUUAAUCUUGAGAGUGUAGGUGUGGAUGUGUAUCUUUUCUUCUGUCACAAGUAUACUCACACCCCACACUUACCCAAGUAUCAAUUACUACUUUACAUGAAAAUAUCGAUGAAAAAUAACUUGUAAAGAAUUUUCUAUUUUGUUUAGAUAGCAUAUCAUAUGUAAAGAAAUGAAUUUUCAAUAUAUCCUACUUAACCAUUACAUGAUCUUAGUUUAUUGGUUUUUUUUCGGCGUAAUUUAUUAAUGAUCAUCAAUUAAAACAUUUAUAUAUGAUCAUUUGAUUUGUUAUGUAUAAAAUACAAAAAAUAUUGUGUAAGUCAAAUGAUCGUUUUUAUGAAUUUUCAAUCGAUGGAGUAUGAGUUGGAAAAUUAAAUAGUUAGAUAGAAUUUGUCAAGUCACUUCUGAAAAUAUUGUUUGUUUUUGAUAGACUCGAACAAUGUUAUUAUGGGAAAACUAGAUUUGCAAGAAAGUAUAACAUCUUUUUCUGUGAUAUUUUUGUAUUUUAUUCCUAUUUAGAUAAAAUACUUUUAUUUCAUACAUUUAAAAAUCAAAUUUUAUCACUUCUUAUCCAUAUGAGUCGAAAUGAUAAUCGAAGUAUAACAGAAAAUAUAAACAUAACUAAUAUGUUUACCAAUUUGCAGUAUUUAAAUUUUGUUUCAUCGUCACUUUGGCAUCAAUUAUUAUUCUUUCAUUAUUCACCUUCAGCUAUUUUCUCAUCAAAUCUAUUAGAAUUGCACGUUAGUUCGGAUAAUUUCAUUGAGUGUCUUUUUUUUUACUUGAUAGUAUAUUAUUUAAUACCUAAUUAAACAAGUCAAUAAUAUUAUUAUUUUUAGGAAAAACUUCCUAAGCUAAGACGCUUCGUACAAUUCUUUGAUCAGGUUCUAUAUAGAUAUGAUGAAUUAAUUGUACCAUUUCUACAUCGAAUGUUAAAUUUAGAAGAAGAACUCAGUUUGAAGAAUAUUAUUGAUCAUAUAGCACAAUUAAAUAAAUUUAUAUAUAAUAUUCAUUCAAUCAUUGAUCUUGAUAAUCAAAUUAUUACUUGUGUUGAUUAUUUUUCAGAAGCAGCAGGAGGUCGAUGUGAUAUUUAUUCAUAUUCAUAUACAUUGAAAAAGUACAAUAAGAUAACAAAUAAUUUUUCAGGCGGAUUAUUUGAAUGUUUUCGUGAAAUAUCGUUAUUUGAUGAACAAUUUUUUGGACAUGAAUUUUUUUAA